GCAAAAAAAGAAAAAAGAGGAGUGUAAAAAGUGAAAGGUUGGAAGAAGGAAGGUGAAUUGAGAUGCGACAAAUCACUAUUUUUUGCCUAGACGUCCAAGAGGGCGGAAAAUCGGAAGGGAGAGAAGAAAAAUGAAGAGAAAGAAGUGGUUGUGUUGAUGAAUGAAUGAAAAAAAUGUUUGAUAUAAAGAAAGUAUAAAAUAGUAAAAUAGUAGAAAGGUGACGGAAGAAGUUUGAAAAAAAAGAAAAAAAAGAUGUUUGUUGUCGUCCAAACUCGCUAAUAUUUAUUAAAUAGCAAACACAAAAAAUGAAUGAAAAAUAAAAGAAAAAAAAUUUAUGUGGGUUGGAGGUAAAAAAUGCAAAGGUGGUAGGGUUUAUUAGAAAAGAGACUUGGGGGGUUAAGUACGUGGAAAAAAAAGGAAAAAAAUUUUUUUUGCUUGGGACCUUAACGGACAAACGAGAAGGUAAAGAAGACGACAAAGGGACGAAAAAUGGGCGGUGAUAGGUGAAGAAGAGGUGAAUGAAUGUUGAUUGUGGAGAGAGAGUUGAGAGGUAAAUAGGAGGUGAUUGCAAUACUACUAAUCAUUAGUUAGGUAAAAUUAGGAGGGGUUGGAAGAGAAAGGUUCACUUGGGGAGGAAAGGUUCACUUGGAGGAAAGAAGGGAAGGUUCACACCACAUUUACACACACACACACACACACUUUUCAAAAACAAUUUUCACAAAUUUUCACAAAAUUUUUUGUCAUUUUUUAAUUUUUAUUUAUUUUUAUAUUGGCCAUAAGCGGAGCGAACUAAUUUGUAAGAAAACGGGGACAAUAAACGGGGAAAAUAAAAGGGGGAGAAAAUUUUUUUUGAAAAAUAAAAUAAAAUUGAAAGAAAAUAGGGAGGCGUCGCAAGUUAUUUUUUUGUUGUGUGUUGUUCGCACAUUUGUAUGUUUUUUUUUAUUUUAUGUUUUGUUUUGUGUUGUUGAGCUAUUUUGUAAGCCAAGUAAAGGUCAUGAUUUUUGUUUUAUUUUUUUUUUUUUGUAUAGAAAAAUGUUUAAAGGAAAAUAAGGGGAGAAAUAAGGGGAGAAAAAUGCUUUUAAGGACAAUAAUAAUAUUUAUUUUAAAUAAAAAAAAUUUUUUAACGUCCAAUAAGGAGGGGAAAAGUGGGGAAGAGAGGGAGAAGCAUCUCACCUUACCCUCUUUUUUUGAUCUAAAAAGCAGGUUGAUUUUAUUAUUUUUCUAG